AUGAUUUUAUCAUGUCUAUUAUAUUUAUUAAUAUAUAUAGUAAUUACUAUAUGGUGUUAUUCAUUGUAUAAUCAAGAAUUAAUACAGAAAUAUUCAAAUAAUUUAUAUAUACCAAAACAUUUAAUUAAUAAUCACCUCAAACAAAUUGCAAAUGCCACUCGCUUAGAUUUAAUAGAGUUAAAUAUUGAUGAAAAUACAAUUCAUGAAGAUGUUAAACCAACAGUUAAAUUAGCACCUAAUAAUAAAAAAAAUACAAUAAUCGGAAUAUUAUUUAGUAUAUCAAUUUCUUCUAGUAUAGGGUUAAUUAUAUUAAUGAUGUGUGAAUUAGGUGAUCAUUUUAACGUUGAUUCAAGAUUAUUGAUGUUUAAAUUCACAAUUGAUAUUCUAAUGUUUUUGCUAGCUAUCGUUAUACCAUACUUUAUUAUAACUAUACUUCUAAAUCAAGACUUAAUACCUCGAAAAUCAUAUCAAAUUGGAUCUACAAUUGGUUUAUUCAUACUAUGGUCUUAUAUAUUACAUAAAUGUGGUGAUUUAACUCAAGAUUAUAAUCCAAGAGGUCAAACUUCAAGGAAUUUAAUAGAGAGAAAGAUUAAUGAGGUCUCAAUAGUCGGUAUUACUAUUUUAGCUAUACUUUCGGGAAUUGGUUCAGCUACAACUCCUUAUAAAACAUUACCUAUUGAACAUUAUAUUAAUAAAAGUAAACCAGAGACAAAAGUAGGUGAACAUGAUAUAAACUCAGCUAUACAAUAUUAUAAUAAUACUACAUUAUUAUUAGAAAAAAGACAACAAGAACUAACUAAAUUACAAUUUGCAACUGGUGGGACCAUAUAUAAUUUACCUAGUGCUAAUAAUUCCGGAAAUCUCGCUCCAAAACGUGGAAUACUACAUAAAGUACAGUCAUUUGCAAAUUUAUCAGUGGCUAAUACCCAAGAAGAAGAAAUGGAGACUGAAAUAAAGUCAUUGACUAAGCUCAGAGACUCUUUAUAUAAUGAUUUACUUAAGUUGUUGAAGAAAUUUCAACAACAAUCACAAAAUAAAUCAACAUUAGAUUUAAUACUAAUUUAUGGGAACUAUUUUUUAACUGGUUAUUGUAUUUAUCGUAUACUAAAUGUGUUUUUUAUAAAAUUACCAUUAUUAUAUUUCACAAAAGAGAAGAUAGUUGAGUCAGCAGUUGUUGAACCAGAAGAAGCACCAUCAUCCAAAGAUGCAUUAGCUAUAACCUUAUCAAAAUUAAUACUAUCAAUUAUAUCUGUACCCAUGUCUGAAGCACAAUUAGUCAAUCAAUUAAGUUUCAUACUAUCUGGUAGUUUAUUUAUAUGCUCAUUCUCAAAUGUGUUGAGAACAUUUCAAUCCUUCAACAAGUUUUUUAAUCCAGAUUCAGAAUUUACUAAAAAUUGGUUAAAGCAUUUAUUUAUUGCUGAAUUAUUAGGAGUUUAUGUUAUUGCCACUGCAUUAUUAAUCAGAACUAAUUUACCCACAAAUUUAUCAAAUCAAAUAUCCAAAAUCUUAUCAUUAUCUGGUAGUUCAAAUGGUCGUACGACAUCAGUUGAAGAAGUUGUAUUUAUAGACAAUUGGUUUGAUAAAAUAUUUGCAUUAUCAUGUAUAAUAACGAUAUUAGUUAUUGUCAUUGAGAAAUUUCUUGAAUCUGAAUCGUAUUCAUAUGAUGAAGAGCUGUUUAUAGAAGGUUCAGAAUAUAAAUUGGCAUAA